UGUACUCCACUACAUUAUUAAAAUGCGUGUCGUUACAUCCUUCCGAAUCUCUUGCAUACACAUUUUUUGGUCGACUGACGUUUUGGCGUUGCUGGCCAAUGCACGUUGAAACAGAUCGGAGAUCUGAUUGGUCAAAGAACUCACGCGCUCAGCGCGCGUUUUGAAACAACACAAGCGGAAGUGUGUACAUCGAAGGACACGGUGGACACCAAUAUCAAACAUGGACGAAGAGCCAACAACGUCGACGGAGCUUGAGCCUGUGCCCUGCAGCUCUGAUUCUGAGAGACAUCCCUGGCCUUAUUUAAGCAAGUUAUUUGAAUUUAAAGGUUCAAAGAAUGACUCCUGGCGUUUUCAAUGUGUCAAGUGCCUACCUCAACGCAAAGAACUGUUGGCGUUUAAAAACUCCCCUUCAAAUUUGAAGAAACAUAUAGAGAGAAAGCACAGACCACUUCUGAAGGAGUACUUGGCAGCAACUUCUUCUAAAAAGAAGGGGACAUUGUUUGCUGAUGGAGGUUCUUCAAUAAAGCAGCGAAAACUUGAGGACAUCAAAGCAUCUCAGAAGACCAUAGACCUUGCCGUGGUUAACUUUAUUGUCCAGGGUUUGCACCCUUUUGGAGUAGUAGAACAGACUGGGUUUGUUGAUUUAAUACAUUGUACUCAACCUGAUUACACAGUCAUGUCACGUACAACAUUGAGAGAGAGAAUUGAUAAGUGCACAAAGCAAAUGAAAGAAAAAUUGAAGAAUGCAGUGCAGACUGUUAAGUAUAUCGCCACGACUACAGACUGUUGGACCGCUCAUAGGCAAAGUUUUAUUGGGGCUACUGCCCACUGGAUAGAGCCAGAUACCCUAGAAAGAAAGUCUGUGGCUCUGGCUUGUAAAAGGCUGAAAGGGACACAUUCUUAUGAUGUGUUAGCCAGUGCGCUUAAUGAUAUUCAUAGUGAGUAUAACAUCCGUGAAAAAAUUGUUAGGACCACAACAGAUAAUGCCUCAAACUUUAUUAAGGCCUUCCGAGUUUAUGCAUGUGAAGAUGAAGGAAGUUCAACUAAAGAUGAGAGUAAAGGUGUGAAUGACAGUGAAGAGGAGGAUGCAGAAGAGGAGACAGAGGGUGUUGAAGUGGAAGCUUUGAUGGAGGAAGAAGAUGAGUGUUCUGAAUAUCAGCUUCCAAAGCAUCACCGUUGUGCCUGUCAUAUUCUGAAUUUGAUCUCAACCGUAGAUGCUAGAAAAGCUGAAUCAAAUGCUAUGUACAAGAAGAUAUCUCGUGCAGCAUUUGCCAAGUGCUCAGCUCUUUGGAAUAAGAGUUCCCGGUCAUCUACAGCUGCAGAGGUUAUUGAGAGGGAGUGCAAGCUGCAAUUGAUCCGUCCAGUUGAGACCAGGUGGAACUCUCUCUUCCUUGCAGUUGAGCGAAUACUGAGGAUAAUUAGGGAAAGUGGAGAAGGAGCAGUCAGAGCAGUGACCAUUGCACUUAACGUCCCAAUGUUCAGCCCUGCAGAACUUGCUUUCUUGUCUGACUAUGCAUCAACCAUGAGCCCAGUCUCUAAGGCACUCAACAUAUUGCAGGGAGAGGUGGAUGUCCACAUGGGAUGGCUGGUACCCACUAUAACGCUCCUAACUGUGAAGCUGGACCGCCUCCAAACUUCAUCCAAGUUCUGCCAGCCACUGAUCUCUGCUCUUCAGGAAGGAAUACAGCAGCGGUUUGGAAAAAUGAUGAAUGACCCAGAACUCAUAUCUGCUGCAAUUUUACUUCCUAAGUUCCACAUCAUGGACAAGCAAUAA